AUGGCAUCCUUUACUGCUGAGCGGUUCCUUGUUCUUUGCAUGUUCAUUUCUUUGGUGCUGGCCGCCCCAUUACCCGUUUCUCGUGACCAACAACAAGAUAGGAGUAACCGUUCCAUUCGUAACUUGCAUGCUCGUCAAUAUGAUGAUGAUGGUGAUUGGAAUCCCACUGCUACUACUACCACAGCCGAAGAUGAGCCGACCGAUUCCGCUCCUUGGCUUUGGGCUGUAACUACCACAGCUUCCACCACCACCACAACCACGACUCAAUGGCAACAACCCACUGCUAGUGCAUCUCCUCAUAAUGGUCGUCAUGGCAACCACGAAGAAGAAGAUGAUGAUGACGAGGAAAAGGAUUACCAAGAAGAAGAAGAUGACGACUCAACCACUCAAGCUAUCGCCACGCCAACCACUACUAGCUCAAGUAGCAGCAAGUCAACAACCAUGGCAGCAGCAUCCAGCAAAAAGAGCAAAGGUGGCAGUGGUGGUGGAUCUUUUAGUGGCAAGGCUACCUGGUACAACGUUGGCAUGGGUUCAUGUGGUUCUGAAAAUAGUGAUUCGGAACUUGUAGCUGCCAUGAACCACGGACAAAUGGCAAAUGGUGGAAACUCCAACAACAACCCCAAUUGCGGAAGACGGGUGAGCAUUCACGGUCCUCAAGGAUCAGUCACUGUCAAAGUCGUGGAUACAUGCCCAAGUUGUGGUCAUGGCGAUAUCGACCUUUCUCCUUCCGCUUUUAAGCGUAUUGCCAAUCUUGACGAUGGUGUUGUCUCAAUCAAGUGGUCAUGGUAA